AUGAAUCUGUUCUGGGCAUCUAAUGUGCAGCAUGUGUGUGCAGGAACAGAGAAUAAGCUGAGUUCUCUCUCUGACCUGGAGCAGCAGUAUCGAGCCUUGCGCAAGUACUAUGAGAACUGUGAGGUAGUCAUGGGCAACCUGGAGAUAACCAGCAUCGAGCACAACCGGGACCUCUCCUUUAUGCGGUCUAUUCGAGAAGUCACAGGCUACGUGUUAGUGGCUCUUAACCAGUUUCGUUACCUGCCUCUGGAGAAUUUACGCAUUAUUCGUGGGACAAAACUGUAUGAGGAUCGAUAUGCCUUGGCAAUAUUUUUAAACUACAGAAAAGAUGGCAACUUUGGGCUUCAAGAACUUGGAUUGAAGAACUUGACAGAAAUCCUAAAUGGUGGAGUCUAUGUAGACCAGAACAAAUUUCUUUGUUAUGCAAACACAAUUCAUUGGCAAGAUAUUGUUCGGAAUCCAUGGCCUUCCAACUUGACUCUGGUGUCAACAAAUGGUAGCUCAGGAUGUGGACGUUGCCAUAAGUCCUGUACCGGCCGAUGCUGGGGACCCACAGAAAAUCAUUGCCAGACUUUGACAAGGACGGUGUGUGCAGAACAAUGUGAUGGCAGGUGCUACGGACCCUAUGUCAGUGACUGCUGUCAUCGAGAGUGCGCUGGAGGCUGCUCAGGGCCUAAGGACACCGACUGCUUUGCCUGCAUGAAUUUCAAUGACAGUGGAGCUUGUGUGACUCAGUGUCCCCAAACUUUUGUCUACAAUCCAACCACCUUUCAACUGGAGCAUAACUUCAAUGCAAAGUACACAUACGGAGCAUUUUGUGUCAAGAAAUGCCCUCAUAACUUUGUGGUCGAUUCCAGUUCUUGUGUGCGUGCCUGCCCUAGUUCCAAGAUGGAAGUGGAGGAAAAUGGGAUUAAGAUGUGCAAACCUUGCACUGAUAUUUGCCCAAAAGCGUGUGACGGCAUCGGCACGGGAUCACUGCUGUCCGCACAGACUGUGGAUUCCAGCAACAUCGACAAGUUCAUAAACUGCACCAAGAUCAAUGGGAAUUUGAUCUUCCUUGUCACUGGUAUUCACGGGGACCCUUACAAUGCGAUUGAAGCUAUAGACCCAGAGAAACUGAAUGUAUUUCGGACAGUUCGAGAGAUAACAGGUUUCUUGAACAUACAGUCAUGGCCCCCAAACAUGACUGACUUCAGUGUUUUUUCUAACCUGGUGACCAUUGGUGGAAGAGUACUCUACAGUGGCCUCUCCUUGCUUAUCCUCAAGCAACAAGGCAUCACUUCCCUGCAGUUCCAGUCCCUGAAGGAAAUCAGUGCAGGAAACAUCUAUAUUACUGACAACAGCAACCUGUGCUACUAUCACACCAUCAACUGGACGACGCUCUUCAGCACCAUCAACCAAAGAAUAGUGAUUCGAGACAAUAGGAAGGCUGAAAACUGUACUGCUGAAGGAAUGGUGUGUAACCAUCUGUGCUCAAGCGAUGGCUGUUGGGGACCUGGGCCAGACCAGUGCCUGUCCUGCCGUCGCUUCAGCAGGGGCAGGACCUGCAUAGACUCUUGUAACCUCUAUGACGGAACUCCUCUAAUUGCAGCCGGAGUCAUUGGAGGGCUCUUUAUCCUGGUCAUCAUGGGUCUAACGUUCGCAGUUUAUGCGAGAAGAAAGAGCAUCAAGAAGAAAAGAGCCUUGAGAAGAUUCCUGGAAACAGAGUUGGUAGAACCCUUAACUCCAAGUGGCACAGCGCCCAAUCAAGCUCAACUUCGUAUUUUGAAAGAAACUGAACUCAAAAGAGUAAAAGUACUUGGUUCAGGUGCUUUUGGAACCGUGUAUAAAGGUAUCUGGGUACCUGAAGGAGAAACAGUGAAGAUUCCCGUGGCUAUUAAGAUUCUUAAUGAAACAACUGGUCCCAAAGCCAAUGUGGAAUUCAUGGACGAAGCUCUGAUCAUGGCAAGCAUGGACCAUCCACAUUUAGUCCGGUUGUUGGGGGUGUGUCUGAGCCCCACCAUUCAGCUGGUGACACAGCUUAUGCCCCAUGGCUGCCUGUUGGAUUACGUCCAUGAACACAAGGAUAACAUCGGUUCCCAGCUGCUGCUGAACUGGUGUGUCCAGAUAGCUAAGGGAAUGAUGUAUCUGGAAGAAAGACGGCUUGUUCAUCGCGAUUUGGCAGCCCGUAAUGUCUUAGUGAAAUCUCCAAACCAUGUGAAAAUCACAGAUUUUGGACUAGCCAGACUCUUGGAAGGAGAUGAAAAGGAGUAUAAUGCUGAUGGAGGAAAGAUGCCAAUUAAAUGGAUGGCUCUGGAGUGUAUACACUAUAGGAAAUUCACCCAUCAGAGUGACGUUUGGAGCUAUGGAGUCACCAUAUGGGAACUGAUGACAUUUGGAGGAAAACCCUACGAUGGAAUUCCAACCCGAGAAAUCCCUGAUUUAUUAGAGAAAGGAGAACGUUUGCCCCAGCCACCUAUCUGCACUAUUGAUGUUUACAUGGUCAUGGUCAAAUGUUGGAUGAUUGAUGCUGACAGUAGACCAAAAUUUAAGGAACUGGCUGCUGAAUUUUCGAGGAUGGCUCGGGACCCUCAAAGAUAUUUAGUUAUUCAGGGUGAUGACCGUAUGAAGCUUCCCAGUCCAAACGACAGCAAGUUCUUUCAGAAUCUCUUGGAUGAAGAGGAUUUGGAAGAUAUGAUGGAUGCUGAGGAAUACCUGGUUCCUCAGGCUUUCAACAUCCCACCUCCCAUCUAUACGUCCAGAGCAAGAAUUGACUCAAAUAGGAGUGAAAUUGGACACAGCCCUCCUCCCGCCUACACCCCCAUGUCAGGAAACCAAUUUGUGUACCGAGAUGGGGGUUUUGCCGCAGAACAGGGAGUGCCCGUGCCCUACAGAGCCACGACCAGCACCAUCCCAGAAGCUCCCGCUGCUCAGGGGGCCGCAGCCGAGAUGUUUGAUGACGCCUGCUGCAAUGGCACCCUACGCAAGCCAGUGGCACCCCAUGUCCAAGAAGAUAGCAGCACCCAGAGGUACAGUGCCGACCCCACAGUGUUUGCCCCGGAACGGAGCCCAAGAGGAGAGCUGGAUGAGGAAGGCUACAUGACCCCUAUGCGAGACAAACCCAAACAAGAAUAUCUGAACCCUGUCGAGGAGAACCCUUUUGUUUCUCGGAGAAAAAACGGAGACCUUCAAGCUUUGGAUAAUCCCGAAUACCACAAUGCUUCCACUGGUCCACCCAAGGCAGAGGAUGAGUAUGUGAAUGAGCCACUGUACCUCAACACCUUUGCCAACACGCUGGGGAAUGCCGAGUACCUGAAGAACACCGUACUGUCUGUGCCGGAGAAGGCCAAGAAAGCGUUCGACAACCCUGACUACUGGAACCACAGCCUGCCCCCCCGGAGCACCUUUCAGCACCCAGACUACCUGCAGGAGUACAGCACAAAAUAUUUUUAUAAACAAAAUGGACGGAUCCGGCCUAUCGUGGCAGAGAAUCCCGAAUACCUCUCCGAGUUCUCGUUGAAGCCAGGCACUGUGCUGCCUCCUCCACCCUACAGACACCGGAAUACUGUGGUGUAA